UGUGAGCAUCAGCACCUGUCGUAUUCAGCGCAAUCAUGUCUGGCAACCCUUACUAUGACAUGACCAACAAUUCUUUGGACAACUGCACCGAUGUGGACGACAAGGUGAAGCGCUACUAUCUGCCAGCCAUGUACGGUGCCAUCUUCAUAGUGGGUGUGAUUGGAAACAUCACAGCUCUUCUGGUGUAUCUGCUCAAGGUUCGACCCUGGAAGAGCAGCACCAUCAUCAUGGUGAACCUGGUCCUCACAGAUCUCCUCUUCAUGAUCUCGCUGCCAUUUUUAGUGUAUUACUAUGUGCUGAAUGACUCGUGGACUCUGGGAAUCACCGUGUGUCGCUUCGCCCGCUUCAUCUUCCACUUCAACCUGUACGGCAGCAUCCUCUUCCUCACAUGCUUCUCCAUUUUUCGCUAUGUAGCAAUCGUGCAUCCGCAGCACUCACACAAGAUUCGGCGCAAACGCUGGGGCGUUGUAUCUUGUGCGCUGGUUUGGGUUGUUACAGUGGCUGAACUGAGUCCCAUUUUUAAUCUGUUUGCCACGAUGGAGAUCGAUAACAAAACAUACUGUUUGGAUUUUGCGAGCAAUGAUGCUCAAAAGAUUUGGCCGUAUAGUUGGGUGUUGACAGUACUUGGCUAUUUAGUUCCUUUAGUGGUGGUCUGUGUCUGCUAUUGGCGCAUCAUCGAAAAGCUAAAGGAGGGUCCUCAUAUGGGGUGCAAAAAACGAGUGCGAGCGAGGAGAUUCAUUGUGCUCAUUUUGACGUGUUUUGCGGUUUGUUUUCUUCCGUUUCAUGUGCUGCGAGCGUUUAGAAUCUACACGAGGCUCACGCCAGAGACGAACUGUAUGCUGGAUCAUGGCGUUCAUGCGGCUUACAUCAUCUCCAGACCAAUCGCUGUGCUUAACAUCAUCUUCAACCUGCCGCUCUACACGCUGUCAGGCGAUAGCUUUAAACAGGCCUUCGUGGAGAUCUUCAAAUGUGACAAGUUCAAGUCGAGCAAUGAAAGGCUUGUUCAACUGGCGGUGAUCAGCUAACGCAUGCCCACAUUAUGAGCGAGAAGAGCAGCUGAGAUUGAAUUUUACGCUACAUUAGUGAGCCAAAGUCAAAGACACUGUGAAAUGGUAUGAUAUGAAGGAUAUCCAUCACAUUAAACUGGACAUUUGGACAUUAAUUAUGCACUAAUGACACUUAUCACAAUACAGGCCUGAUUGACUUUGUAUCUGCUGUGGGGAACAGCUACUAUAUUUUGUCAUUAAGCGUAAAAAAGUAAAAUAUUGCCAGACAUAUUUACAACAA